CUCUCGCUGGAGCGCUCAUUCCAUAUAAAAGCUUAAUUACCGAUGGGACGGAGUAAUCAAAAGUAUCAGGAAAAAGAAAUCGGAGUUUCAGCGAUUAGAGGGAUUAAGGAUCGACAGAGAGGAACGAGAAAGCCUUUUGUGGGAUUUCAACCAAAUUAUGAAAAAAUAUCGCCAGAUAAAGUGACGGUGAGAUCCUUGAAUGUCAGCGAUAAUGCUGUGCAGCACCGCUACAUCAGGAAGAUAUAUUACAUCCUCAAUCUCCGUCUGUGUGAAUUUUCUACGCGUGUGACGAAUGGGAAGAUAGGAAAAGCCAGAAUUAAUGAUAAAAGUGGGUAUAGAAAAUCGGAUAAUACGAAAGGUCUUAUUCCCUGUGGCAUAUAACAUUAAAAGUGCCGCUGAUAU